CUAGGGUUCUUCUCUGUACUUCGCUCGCCGGCAUAAAAGAGUCAAAGAGGAAGAAGAAGACACAGUAUCAGAAUCAAAAAUGAAGGGACGCCAAGGAGAGAGAGUUAGAUUGUAUGUUCGAGGAACAGUCCUCGGUUACAAAAGGUCGAAGUCGAACCAAUACCCAAACACAUCUCUGAUCCAGAUCGAAGGAGUGAACACGACAGAGGAGGUUAAUUGGUACAAGGGAAAGCGCAUGGCGUACAUCUACAAGGCAAAGACAAAGAAGAACGGUUCUCACUACCGUUGCAUCUGGGGCAAAGUCGCUAGGCCACAUGGUAACAGCGGUGUUGUCCGUGCCAAGUUCACUUCAAACCUACCACCAAAGUCAAUGGGAGCUAGAGUUAGAGUGUUCAUGUACCCAAGCAACAUAUGAGAGGAGGAGGCUAGAUUCAAGACGUGGAAUUCAUUUCACAAGCAUCAGAAGGAAGCUCCCAUUUUCAUAUUUCUCAGAAGCUAAUAGUUUUUAUCCUUUUUUCACCCUUUUUUUUUGUCAGAUUUGUUUAUCUCUAGACGAAGUAAAACAUUAAUUUGAUGGAAUUGCAAAACAAAAAUGAGUUGCCAAUUUAUUUUCCCUACCUUA